ACAUAUAUCACCACCUUCAUUGAGGCAUGCAUGUAAGACGCAAAAAUGGAAAGAAAUGGUACUCAAAAACAUGAAACCCAACCUGGGAAAGAACAUCUCAUGGAUCCAACCCCGCAAUUCAUGAACCCAAAUUACAAGCCUGCUGGGAAGCUUCAAGGGAAGGUGGCGCUGGUCACCGGAGGCGAUUCAGGCAUUGGUAGGGCGGUCUGCUACCAUUUUGUGAAAGAAGGUGCAACCGUCGCCCUUACUUUUGUGAAGGGCGCAGAGGACAAAGAUGCAGACGACACCUUGCGGUUGUUACUCGAAAACAAAACCAGCGAUGCCAAGAACCCGAUAGCGAUAGGUGCAGAUCUUGGGUUCGAUCAAAACUGCAAACAAGUGGUGGACCAAGUGGUAGAAAACUUUGGACGUAUCGAUAUUUUGGUGAACAAUGCUGCAGAACAGCACAAGACCUUAUCUCUCCAAGAAAUAACGGAGGAUCGGCUCGAUAGGGUGUUUAAAACCAAUAUCCAUUCUCACUUCUUUUUAUGCAGGCAUGCACUGAAGCACAUGAAAGAAGGGAGCGCCAUCAUCAACACUACGUCUGUGGACGCGUAUUUGGGUAACCCACAACUGUUGGAUUAUAGCUCGACAAAGGGAGCAAUAGUGUCGUUUACAAGAGGUCUGGCACUGCAGUUGGCGCAGAAGGGUAUUCGUGUAAACGGGGUCGCACCUGGGCCUGUUUAUACACCAAUCCGACCAGCAACCAUGGACAAGAACGACGUGUCCGACUUUGGAAAAGAGACCCCAAUGGGCAGGGCGGCUCAGCCUUACGAGAUUGCGCCCUCGUUUGUGUUUCUUGCAUCAGAUGAGUCUAGCUACUUUACUGGCCAGUUUCUCCAUCCAAAUGGUGGGUUGAUCGUGAAUGCUUAAAUGGAUGUUCGGUUCUUGACGAUUCGACCAGGCAAAGAGUAGUGUGAGAGGCGUGUUAUAUAUAUAUUCUGUAAAUUAAUAUUUAAAAUAAAGAGAAUUUCCCCAUGUGUAGAAUAAGGAUCCUUGUAUCAUAUUUACAUUUACAAAAGGAAUAAUGUGCUUUGUUUGGUAUU